ACUUCCACAGUGCUGUGCGUUGCUGCAAGAAAGCCAUCUCUUUCCCCUUGCUUCUGAGACCUCCUUUUGGACCUAAACAUUGCGACGGGAAUAAGCACCCAUCUGCACGGGGAUGUUGGACUCAGUCACUCACAGCACCUUUCUGCCAAACACAAUGAUCUGCGAACCCCUGAUGUCUUGGACAGAAUUGUUUGGGACAACUGAGGACUAUUAUCCCUCCUUUGAUCAUCAGACAGUUGGCGAUUCUUGCUGGACAUCUAUUCACCCGGAAUACUGGAGCAAACACAAUAUCUGUGAGUGGUUGCAGUUUUGCUGUGACCAAUACAAGCUAGACGCCAACUGCAUCUCCUUUUCCCACUUUAAUAUUACUGGCUUGCAGCUGUGCAGCAUGACCCCGGAGGAGUUCACAGAUGCUGCCGGCGUUUGUGGCGAAUACCUUUAUUUCAGCUUACAAAACAUCAAGAUACAUGGUAUUUCCUUUUUUACUGACACUGAAGAAACCAAGCCAACUAUCAAAGAUUACAAUGAUAAGGCUUGCCUGAGAACAGGGGGCUCUAAGAGUCAAGAGUGUCACAGCCACGGGAGAACAAGCCUGCAGAGUUCUCACUUGUGGGAAUUUGUAAGAGACCUCCUCCUGUCUCCAGAAGAAAACUGUGGCAUUCUCGAUUGGGAGGAUAGAGAACAAGGCAUCUUUCGGGUUGUUAAGUCAGAAGCCCUGGCAAAGAUGUGGGGACAAAGAAAGCGAAAUGACAGAAUGACAUAUGAAAAACUGAGCAGAGCUCUCCGGUGUGUUAGUAGGUAUUAUUAUAAAACUGGAAUUUUGGAACGCAUAGACAGAAGGCUAGUGUACAAGUUUGGAAAGAACGCCCAUGGGUGGCAGGAGAACAAGCUAUGAACUAACAGUCCCAUGCAUCAGACUGAUUAUGCACUCUGCAACAGGAAGUGUCUGACUGCAAUAGACAUUUGAGAGAAGGAUUUUUUCUCCUGCAUCUCUCCUCUACGCCAGUCUGGAGCCGACAACUGUUUCUGAGAGAUUGGCCAGAGCAACACAUGACAGCACAUGAAUGGGGUGGCUCUUCCCCAUUAUCAGGGCUGGUUCGAACUUUUUUGCUGUCCCAAGCAAAAAAAAAAGAGUGUCGCCCCGCAGUAACACCCCCUACCACAAGCACCGCCAAACCCUGCCCCCCCAAGGGCUGCACCGCCCAAGCCUCCCGCCCCACCUGAGCGCCACGCCGC